AGUGUGCCGUGGGUCGUCUGAGUGGGCGGACGUACGCAGCCGCUCCGUGACGUUCUGACUGGUCCCGCCUGUUCGGCAUAACAUGUGAAUUACAUCAUCAUCUUGGAAAAAAAAAUAAGUGGACGAUAUCUCUGAAAUUGGAAUUCAUUGUGUGAACUUAUUUUUACGAGAUAUGCCCGCGAAUGUGACUCGAAAGCAAGAGCAGAUUAAAAGGAGGACAAAUCGCCCCGCCGUAAUUCUGACGAGGUUCGACAUCAGCGCCUCUUGCGGCAAUCGGGGCUAAAACACAAGAACAUCUCUGUUGGGCAGCGUAAAUAUUCGGAGUGUGUGUGUGCGUUUGUGUGUUUGUGCUCGUUUACGCUGUACGGAACAGAGGUGCAUCAGUGCCAAUUGCGGGACGGCAGUGUGCGUUCGUCGAAGAGGUGUUUGCGGUUAGUCAGUGGUUUAGUUAUUGGUGAACCAAACCUUUCAUAUUCUUGGAAAAAAUUAUCAUAAAAUCAUAUAUUGGUGUUUAAGUGCUUCGGUUGAAAAAUGACACAUUUUAUCAACUCACCGGAAAGAGAAAUGUAUUCGUAAAUUUAGUAAAAAGAUAAAAAAACAACAACUGCGUAACGCACUUUGAAAUUACAUAACGCAAGAGAAAGGGGAAAUUGCAAACGAAUGUCCAGUGGUUGGAAGAAGAGCGGAGAUUUAUGCGAGUUGGUGCAUUCAGGGAAACGCUAAUAAGGACAAGCUCUGAGGAAGAGUCAAAAAGGUCAUCUUCAACAGGUCCGGGACGUGUUUCAUCCACGACACAACCUACUUAGGGUGAUGGAGGAAGAGUCCGAACGAUAUGUAACACGACUCCAUCAAGUCAUUUGCCAUUGAUGAAAGAAAAACAACAGCCUCAAGCCUUCUCGAUCGAGUUUCAGUAACGUCCAGCUGGGAACGACCUCCCCUCCCCCCUACUUCACCCUACCCAGAUCUCAGCCCAAGCCUCCAUCACCCUUCACCCUUCACCCUUCGCCCCUUAAACUCUCCGUCCUUCCGACCUGCACUGGCGUCACAGCGCGAGAGGGCAAGAUCGGCUGACCAAAUAGAAGACUGCCAGUGGGUAUGUGGCGGGUGGUCGCGCCUGACCAGCAGAAAUAACAAGAAGUUCCCAUUGAUCUGUUACGGUGUCGGCUCUAACGGACGCGACCACCCCUCCCCCUGCCCCCCCCCUCUCCCACCCCAUCAGGAAGAAGAGUUGGUUUCCCACUCGACUCGGACCCCGGUCACUCCUCCUGCGGCGCGGACACCCUCCCUCACGGACCGUUGCUGAAGAUUUUUUUUUCAUUUUGUAAGAAGGAUUAGUCUAUAAAAAAGGAUGAUAAAAAAAUUACAUAAGUAGUGUUGAAUAAGGGAAUAGGAAAAAUCGCCGUUCUUCCUCUGACGAAAGGGGAGAGAAUUUAAAGACCGAGUGGAUAAAGGACGACUAAGGAAAACAAAGAAAGCUGAAGAGAUAUGUGUCACGUAAAGGUCACACAAGACUCCACCCACCAUUGAGCCUUGCUAACCCCAGCUGACCUUUUUUCUUAUCCGACGUGACCUUCUGCUGAUCCCCCACUUGGUCCCAGGGUCAUUGCUCAGAUCAUGGAAACUUUCGUGUGGGAGAAAAAAACAUACGCGUAAAAAUAUACGAAAACAUUACCAUCUGGAGGCCGGAUGUGCCGGACUUAGAUAAUCCACACGAAUAAUAAGUUUGGUAGGAAAGCGAACAAUCAACGGAAUCGAGAUAAGAAAAGAACGGAAAGGAAGAGAUAAAGCGUGAGAGUGCGAGAGGAGAAGGAUGCACAGGAAGUUUACACUAGCGUCGUCCGAAACGCCAGGGUGCAGGAGAGAACCCGAUAAGAUGUGAAGUGUUCGAACCGAAACGUUAUGGCUGGCGCGGCGGCGGUGCCUGAGUGACACCUUUCGAAUCCGGUUGUGACGUGUUCCGACGUCUUCGUUUGGGUGUGACGUCACAGUGCAGGUUUUAAGAGCAGCAGGAUGCCUCUCUUCACCGCCUGCGUGUGCAAGCGUGCACCCAAGGGGCCGAAAGUGAGCCCGCCUCUUCAUCUUCUCCUGCAGCCAAAUACCCUCGAAGCCCAGCGCCAUGUAUUCAAAGCGAAAAAGGUUAAAAAAUCCCGGCCCUGCCAUGUCUGCCACCAGCCGAUUGUCAAGCUCGGCUCCUGUUGCAGAGUUUGCAAAUACCUGGUGCAUAAGGCCUGCGAACCUAAGGAGGCGGCGAGUGAGACCCCGCGGUCCUUUACCGACCCCGCCCGCCAGAUCUUUUACGAGCUCCGCGCAACAGCCGCAAGACCCGGACCCAGGGGUCCCUCUUCUCUCCAGGGCUCUCCUCUCUCUCCCCGACGUCGCUCUCCCGGGGGCACCGCCCCUCCUUCCCUCCAGCCCAGUCCCACCCUCACCCGUCACGCCGGAGGGCCACCUCCUCGGCAGGACCCCGGCGAGGCGACCGGAGCGGCCAGUCCCGCGAGGACGAGCAGCCCCGGCCAGCUGAGGCGCGGAGGGGGUGUUGGCCCCACACCUUCGCAGGGGGGAUCCCCGCGGGUCUCCCUGCGAGAGUCAUCGCCGGCUCCCGGGGUAGGAGCCCUAGGCACGGGCGAGGGGAGCAAAGCAAGUGCCCUCCGGGAGAGCGAAGGGGUUGGCCUCACACGGAUACAUCAUGCCCCGAAUAACAAUGAUGCCACAGCCACCCAGAAGCACCCUACGAUAAGCAGCAGAAACACCCAGUCCGCCGCCCGCCUGAACCGCGUGAUGGCCGGGGCGGGCGGGGCCACCGGGGGCGGCUUGGCGGGGGAGGCGCCAGGACCAGGGGGGGAGCGCCCCGGCCCCCCUGGAGGAGGACCCAAGAUGGACGUGGUUUACGUGACGGAGAGAAUCAUCUCCUUGGCCUUCCCGCCGGCGCUGGACGAUGCCACCUACACCUUACACCUGCGGGAGGUGGCUCAUAUGUUGUCCUCGAAGCACGGGGAUAACUUCAAGGUAUUCAAUUUAUCACAACAUGGUGAAAUAAGUCACUUCCUACCUCGUGUGAUGGAGCUAGGAUGGGCGGACCAGCUGGCACCCGCUUUGGAGAGGCUGUGCUCCAUCUGCAAGGCGCUUGACUCCUGGAUCACGCAACACCCUCAACAUGUGGCUGUUCUGCAUGCCAGAGGGGGCUAUGAAAAGCUGGGUGUGGUGGUUGCAGCCUAUAUGCACUACAGCAACAUCUGCGCCUCAACAGACCAAGCCCUCGACAGAUAUGCCAUGAAACGUUUCUUUGAUGAUAAGAUCGGCCAACUCUACCAUCCUUCGCAAAAAAGAUAUGUCCAGUAUUUUGCUGGCUUAUUGUCUGGGGUCAUACGCAUCAACUCUAGUCCACUGUAUCUCCACACUCUCACCUUGUAUGGCAUACCUCACUUUGAACCCAGGGGAGGCUGUCAUCUAUUCAUCAAGAUCUACCAAGGAAUGACACCAAUAUACACAUCAGGGAUAUAUAAUCUUACUGAGCAAAUGAGGCAAGUCACGAUAGCUUUUGAAACGGGAGUACAACUGCGAGGAGACAUCCUGUUAAAAGCAUAUCACAGAAGACUUGUACCAGCAUCCAGAGAAGUGAUUUUCCGGAUGCAGUUCCAUACGUGUGCUGUGUCUGAAAAAGUUCUCUCCUUUACAAGACACGACCUAGAUGAUGCAUGUAAUGACAUGCGAUUCCCUCUUGACGGUGGUGUUGAGCUCUACUUCACACACUCUCAAGAUGAGCGGCCAAGAACAGUCUCCAAUGUCUCGUGUGACAAAUCACCCUGUGCAAUUGCAUCUUGGAAUUCCUAUGAGAACGUCAGUUUCACCUAUGAGCAAAUUGAAGAGCAAGGUGUGACAGGUGUGGGCGGAGUGAGCCACACGCUAGGGCCGCUGGACGGAUCCCUGUACGCGACAGUCACCAAGAAGCGCCCGCAGCCGCCCGCGUCGCCGCACUCGCCGGUGUCGCCGCACGCGCCCUCCGCCACCCACACGCCCUCGCCGCACGGCCUGGUCAACGGUCGCUACGCCGCGUCCAUAGACUCGGGCAUCGCGUCCAGCAACUCGGCGGCGGCGGCUCCCGUGUCCCCGCCCACCUCGGACACUUCGCGGACGUCUGGAGAGUCCCGCGGCACGGCGGCGGCAGCGGUGACGGCGGGGAGGGUGGGUGCCGGGGUGGCGCCGCCCCCGGUAGAUGCCCGCCAACUGGAUGAGCUGCUCCAGGGCAUGCUCCUGGACAUCCAGAGCAUCCCCGACCUCCGGCCCUCGCAGACGCCUGCCCCGGACAUAGACUCCAUCCGGUGCCCCGACUUCAGCAUGGCGCCCAAGACGGAGUCUCGGCCGAGCAUGACGGCGCGCUCCUCGGGCGACGCCAGCAGCGCCCCGCCGCCGCCACUUAGCCCCGUCAACGGCUUCAGCGGCUCGACCACGCACGACUCGCUGCUGGACUCGUCGCUCAGCACGACGGCGGACGAGAUGCCCUACCACGCCCGCACCGACAGUAAACCCUUCAGCUACGGCGCCGUCACGUCGUCGCCGCUGCUGGGCAGACGUCGCACUGCGUCAGAGGGGGGCGAAGGGGGCCCGCAGCCACCACCCUCGCCCUCGAUCCACCGACGCAAUUCGCGGGAGACACUGGGGCAGGCGCGGGCGGGGCUGGAGUCGCCCAGGCUGGUGAGGCGCAUGUCUGGCAGCGUCGGUGGCACGCCUGGAGACGCAGGAGGCGGGUCGCGGCGCUCCCCCUCCCCGUCGCCUUCCCCCGAGCCAGGGAGUCGAGGUGGCACCCUGGGGCGCCAGCGCUCGCAUACCCUCACCACGCGCAUCAUGUCGGGCUCAGAAACCACGCCGAACUCCACCCUCAACAGGUCGGAGCACACGAGGUCGGCCUCGCGUCUGGACGACACCCUCGACCUGUCCUCCGAAUUCCACACUCGCUCCCUGAGCAGCACCGGCAGCAACAAUUUGUCAUGGCUACAGAUGCAGCAGCUGAAAUUGGCAGAGAGACGCGAGGCCAAACUGCGAGCUGAGAGAGCACCUCACGAAGCCCGCAUGCUUUCCGAACUCCGUACUCGUAUGGGCCAGCAGCAGCGGACAAGCACGACAACUUCAAGAGACUUUGAAGAUGGCUAUGUGAGUGACACAACACUUCUGUCGGAGACUUCAAGGGAAUCUUCCCCAGUGAAGACAUUGGCUCCUCUGACCAUUAACACAGGAGGGCCGCCAACAACCCCCCAGAAGCCCCCCAUUGGCCAUUCGACCCCUGCUAGGGGCAAUUCAGCUCCUUCAUCUCCGAUUCUGCCAACCAGGUCAGCCUCACGGGAACGCACAGUCAGAUAUAAUCAGCAGCAGAGUAGCCAGCGAAGCCUUCCGAGAAAGCACUCCGACUCUUCACAUGAUAGAGAACGACCUUUUGUUGCUGUCAAAAGAGCACACGAAAACGCCAAACCAGGCGAACCUGGGGAUGCAUCAUCAGCUCUAAAUCAACUUCAAACUUCACCUCACGGCCAUAUCCAGUAUUCAUCAUAUUCAUCCACUACCCCAGUUGAUGGUGGUCUUUUGACCACUGUUGCUUCAUCAUCAAAUCAGGAGGGACUCGACUCUCUAGAUGCCCUGAGUGCUACACUAGCCAGUUUGGGCUCUCCCACUCACCCUCCCACCUCUACCUCACCGCCCAACCCUAUAAGCAGCACCACCACUGUCAUCACCACCUCUGCUGUCACCACUACUGCUGAGUCACGAGAAGUUCUAACGGCUCAAACAUCUCAGAGCCGAGAUGACAGUGCCUGGCAGAGUGACACAGAGAGCAGUUACGGUGGAAAUCGUCCCAUCACGCCAGGAUUCCCCCCUGCCACCCCCACAACACCAUACUUGAACCAGGGUUUGCCUCCCAAAAGCCCGACCAUGCAACGAAGAGCACAUCUUGGCCUGUCCUCUCUUUCGUCCCGACCGAUCGUCAAAAAGUCUGCAUCGCUUCCCAGCAAAGAAAUGGGAGUGAGAAGCCCAUCGCCUGCCACAUCUCAAACGCUGCGGCAGGAGUUAAAUGGGCAUUCCAGUCCAGCUCCUUCCCUCUACCACAGUCAGUCUCGUCGCUCAUCACUCACCUCAUUGAACGAGUCAUCAGAGGUCAUUUCAUCGCAUCCCAAGUUUGUUAAAGACAUCUCAAAAUUCUGGUAUAAACCUACUAUAACAAGAGAUGAAGCAAUCAGUAUGCUCAAGGACAAAGCUCCAGGAACGUUUGUUGUCCGAGAUUCCAACUCAUUCCCAGGAGCUUUUGGUUUGGCCUUAAAAGUUUCUACUCCACCUCCAAAUGUCACAAGUAAAUCUAGUGACCCAGCUAGUGAAUUAGUAAGACACUUCCUUAUUGAGCCAACUUCAAGAGGAGUCCGACUCAAAGGCUGCGCCAAUGAACCAGUUUUUGGUUCUCUCUCUGCAUUGGUGUAUCAACAUUCGAUUACGGCUCUGGCUCUGCCGUGUCGCUUGGUGCUACCUGAGCGUGACCCAGCAGGUGCUCCUGAUUCUGUGGAUAGCAGUGUCAGUACAAGUGGAAGCUCCAGCUCCACUUCACAACUCUUGCAACAAGGAGCAGCAUGCAAUGUUAUGUAUCUCCAUACUGCAGACACGGAAAGCCUGACUGGCCCACAAGCAGUAAAGCGUGCAGUCAGUCUGAUGCUUGCAGCCAAGAUAACUCCAACUGUUGUGCACUUCAAGGUUUCUGCACAAGGCAUCACACUGACAGACAAUGAAAGAAAACUGUUCUUCCGCCGUCACUACCCAGUGAACACCAUUUCCCACUGUGGUCUAGACCCUGAUGAUCGACGAUGGGCGCAGAAGAAUGAGGAAGGAGUUCCAGUUGGCUCACACCGAGUGUUUGGCUUUGUUGCUAAGAAGGGAGCCAGCAGAACAGAAAAUCAGUGCCACAUCUUGGCAGAACUUGAACCUGAACAGCCUGCAACAGCAAUCUGCAACUUUGUAACAAAAGUAAUGAUGACAAGUGUAAGCAGACCGAAUCUUGUGUAAAUCAACUGAACAAGUGAACAUUAGCAGCAGUUCAUCUAGUGUGAAUAUUCUGAACAAUCUCACAUAGCUCUUAAUGACUUUACUGAUAACAGAGAGGCUUAAUAGGGGUAAAUUAGGUAACAAAAUAGGUUGUUUUAUAUACAAAGUGAAGUUAGGGAACUUUUAUAGUAAUGCAGAUAUAAAAGUGUAGGGCUCAUUGAUAGGCAAUUCUACAUAAAGACUGAUGUAUAGUUUUUAAGAACAUGCUCCAUGAUGACCUCUAAAAUAUGAUGAUAGUAGAAAUCAUGUAUUUGACAAAGUAGAACAUUCUUUAUGGGAGAAAUCAGGGAUUGUUAUCAUAAUUUAUACUAGUGGGUAAUGAUGGACUUUCUGGAGGAUUUCUAGACUAAAAAGAAAUGUGUCAUGACAUGAGGUCUAGCAGUUGUGAUAUACAUUUAUGCAAGUUUUCAUCGGAAAUAAAUAAAUAAAUAAAAUAAACAUUUUGCAUUGCGUAGCCUCGUUAAGUGGGAAACCAGUUAUGAAAUGAGUCAGGGUUUUUCCGUAAAACCUCAUUUUACUUAUUAGAAGCAUGAAAGACAUUAAACUGGGAUCAUUUUAAAAAAUGAUCAGAGCAUGUGAAGCCUAUUAGGAAAAUGUUUUCUCAGCAAUGUUGUUUUAUUCAGCACCAUGUAUCAUGUACUCAUUUUACACAAUCCAUGUGUUCUGCAAUCAAAUCAGAAAAAUGUUGUCCCAUUGUUUUUUAUUUUAUUUUUAUUUUUUGCUUUCCAUGUGUGUUGCAUAGGUUACCUAACCUAGAAUAUAAAUAUACUUUAAUAAUUACUCUAGGCAGAUUUUAAUAUAUGAGCUGAUUCCCUAUUUCAUUAAUGUUUGAAAUAUAUUUCUUAUCUAGGAUAUGCAUUAAUGACUGUUAAGUCUUGCUUAUAUUAUGCACUUCUGAAUCAAUAUGCAAAUGAUUGAAGCUCCAAAAACACUUGAAUAUUAGUUUAAUUAACACAUUUACAAAUAUAUGUAUUAUUUGUAUUUAAUGUAAAUCUGCAUUUAUAGUGUGCGUAAAUCUAAGAUUACUUACCCCAGUGAAAUUUGACUGUAAAUUUUGUAUUUAGUGACUCUUAAUAUAGUUUAUCCUUUGUAUUGGCAGUCUCAAGUAACUGAAAACACAUGACUGUGUCAGUCAAUGUUCUAAUGUUAUGUACAUAAUGUCCAUAUGUUUGAAUGAUAGUUAUAAAAAAAAAACUUUUAUCAAUUUUAAAUAUUGUAAAUCAUACUUCCAUAUUGUAACUUCCACUUGAUGGGUAAUAAAUAUCCAAGCUGCACAAUACACAGUAAAGUCAAGAUUUGUAAAGCUAGACCAGGUUCACUAUCAAGGAGUGUAUGAAUACCAAAUUGUUGUGGUACAUUUACACUUCUAUUUAUUAAGUAAUUACUAGUCCUAAUUAGACAUUUGUAUUUGCCAGAUGAGGUAGAGCAGGUAAGAGGCCUGGCUGCACUAAUAAGGAAGCAGGUAGUUCCUUUAACACUUAUAAGGUGCUUCUUAACUCAUGUAAAUGACCUCUUCAAGCUUCUUCCAAAAAUAAAGAACUGUUUCAAA